AUGCCAUCAAAAGCUUCAUUGAAAGAACAAAACAUAGAAGUGCCUAAAGAGAAACAAGUAAGAAAAUCACCAAGAAAGACAAUUGAAAAAGAACAAAAUCAAGAAGUGCCUAAAGAGAAAAAAUCAAGAAAAUCAACAAGAAAAACUGUUGAAAAAGAGAUCACUAAACCAAAAAAAAUUACUGAAGAGGAAACAACAGAGAAGACAUCUGGAAAGAAAAAAAAAAGGUGUUCCUCUGGAGCAUUGUUGUCUAUAAUCCAAUAUUUUAAUAAUAUUCAUAAAGACUGUGAAAAAAAGAUGGGUUUUGGGGGGCUUUUAAAAAUGAAGUUGAUAGAGGUGUUGAGGGCAUUAAGUUGUUUCAUUCUUCAGAAGUUUGAUUCCACCACAAAAAACGAUAAAACAUAUGAAGAAUGGACAAACCUAUUUGAAAACAAGACCAUGAUUCGUCCACAAGUGAUAAAAAUGAAUAUCAUUUCCUCAAACAAAGCAGAUAUGAACUUCAAGAUGAAUUUUAUAGCUUUGUUGAUCAACUCUUUGAUAGAAUCAACCUCUUCAGGAAAAGCAAACACGCACCCGUUGAACUACAUAACGAAGAAGAAAAAAAUAAACAAAAUUGAUUGGUGCUCCUAUUUGAUAGAAUGUUUGGUUAAAACCAAACAAUCCUUUGAUCCAUCCAGUGCAACAAACAAUUUUAAUGGACCAUCUGCUUAUUUGGUGUUACUAUAUGUAGACAGUGUCAAAUCUGAGCUUAUAAAACUUGAAAGAAAACAUCCAGUGAUCUACCACUGGAGUACAGAGAAGAUGAAGAUGAGAGAAAAUUAUAAGAAGGAAGAGCUAGGGGAUUUUGGAACAGGAGAAUCAAAUGAGGAGUUCAUAGAGGAAAAGUUGAAUGAGUACGAUUAUAUAGAAAUGAUUAUGAAGAAGUUUAAGAAGCUAAAAAUGUUAACCGAUAAUGGAGUCGAUAAAUUCCCUGAAAAUGAAAACGGAAGUGAUGAUGAUGAUGAUGAUGAUGAUAAUGAUGAUGAUGGUGAGGAUGAUGAUGAUGAUGAUGAUGAUGAUGAUGAAGGAGGGGGAGAGGAAAAUGAAGAAGAAAAGAAUAAUGAAGGAGGGCAAGAUAAUGAAGGAGGAGGUUUUGGUGAAAAUGUAGAUGAAGGAGAUAUAGGAGAAGAGAAUUUUGCUGGUGAAGAGGAUGAAGUAGGUAGUGAGGAAGAUGAUGUUGCUGGGAAAUAUAAAAGUGGUGAUAAUGAUAAAGGUGGGGAUGGUAAGAAUCAGGAUGGGAAGAAUGUUGAAACUGGAGAAGCAAAAAGUAGAGAACAACCACAAAACGUUGAAGGUGGAGGUGUGGAGAGGAAGAAUCUGGAAGGUACGAAUGCUUAUAAAGAAAAAGGAAAAACUAUAUAUGUACAGUGUUUUGGAGGAGUCGACGAACCCCUCAAUAGGGAAGAAAAAUCUCAGUGGAAGACUCUACUCUACCUUCUGACCUCCGCCUACCAAAAUGGAAAAAGUCCAGUGAAGCUCGAUGCUAAUCUAUAA